AUUACAUCUCACAAAAAAAAUUAUUUAUCCACAAGUUGCAUUUUGCCGCACAGAAAAAUUAGACAGUCGUUGGGCACUCCGCACUCCUGCAUUUCGAGGAAGCAAAGAAUUUGGAAAGAGGGGUAGUGUGAUAAUCCCACCCUACCAACCUCGCCAAAGGGUCAACGGAGAUACUAUCCAGCGAACAGCUUCCAUCUCCUUCGCAUCAAUGGCCAGCCAGAAACUACCUACUGCCGGAAAUCCGAUUCGAUGCAAAGCGGCGGUUUCUCGUAAGCCGGGAGAGCCACUGGUCUUGGAGGAGAUAUUGGUUGCUCCGCCAUGUUGUCAUGAAGUUCGAAUUCGGAUUAUUUGCACGUCUCUCUGUCAAAGCGAUGUUACAUUCUGGAAACUGAAGGAUUUUCCUGGUGUUUUCCCGAGAAUUCUGGGCCACGAGGCUAUAGGGGUUGUGGAGAGUGUAGGAGAGGAUGUAGAUGAGGUCAAGGAGGGCGAUAUGGUCAUUCCCAUAUUCAUGUCAGAUUGUGGAGAUUGUGCAGAUUGCAGAUCAAAGAAGAGCAACCUUUGUUCAAAACUGCCCUUCAAGGUUUCUCCUUGGAUGCCAAGACAUGAGACUAGUAGAUUCACAGACCUAAAUGGAGAGGUUAUAUACCAUUUCCUCUCUGUGUCUAGCUUUAGUCAGUAUACUGUGGUAGACAUUGCUCAUCUUACAAAGAUCGAUCCUUCAAUCCCACCAAACAGAGCAUGCCUCCUGAGCUGCGGAGUAUCAACUGGUGUUGGUGCUGCAUGGAGAACUGCUAAUGUGGAGGCAGGAUCAACUGUUGCCAUAUUUGGGCUGGGAUCAAUUGGUUUAGCCGUUGCAGAGGGUGCAAGAUUAUGCGGUGCUACUAGAAUUAUAGGUGUUGAUAUGAACCCCAACAAGUUUGAAAUUGGGAAAACAUUUGGAGUCACAGACUUCGUCAGAGCUGGAGAUCCUGGCAGCAAAUCUGUGAGCCAGGUGAUAAAUGAGAUGACUGGUGGAGGGGCGGACUACUGCUUCGAAUGUGUUGGCUUGGCAUCCUUGGUUCGGGAGGCAUAUUCUUGCUGCCGAAAGGGUUGGGGAAAGACAAUCGUCCUAGGGGUGGACAAGCCAGGGGCAGAGUUGAGUCUCAGCUCUUUUGACGUCCUUCAUAGCGGGAAAAUCCUCACAGGGUGCUUGUUUGGAGGUCUCAAAGCUAAAUCUGAUAUUCCAGUUCUACUAAAACGCUAUAUGGACAAGGAAUUGCAGUUGGAUGAGUUUGUCACACAUGAGAUAAAGUUCGAAGACAUCAACAAAGCUUUUGAUUUGCUCGCUGAAGGAAAGUGUCUCCGAUGCGUGAUUUGGAUGGACAAAUGAAAUGAGUAUAUCUUGUAUCUUUACUGCAAAAAAUUUCAUUUGAGGAUCUGCAAUAUUGCUUCAUAAUUCAUACUGGACCUGCUGUUCAAAUAAAUGAAGGCAGCCUCUUUUCUUGCAUGUAUGAAACCGCAAAGAAUUAUAUCAUUCUUAAAUUGGAUGCUGAUUGCUUCUCACUUUUAA